AGUUGAGUUUCAGCACCCUGGACAGCCCCUCCCACUGCAGCCUGUUGACCAACCAGGAGAUUUGCCCCAUCCCCAGUCACUGCGUCUGGGCGGACAAGAACGGACAACAUAUCCUGGGCUUGAUUGAGGAUUACAACUGUCUCCGGAAGCAGAUCACCGAAGGGCGGAAGCGGCUGUCUAAGCUGGAGCUUCCUCUGAGAGAGGAAGGAGACCCGGAAUUGGCGGUGACAGUUCCUCUGAGUUUGUCUGCCACCUUCAAGGCGGUCCAGGAGAACUUGGAAGAAGCUGGCCGCCUCUUGACCCUCCUCUGGAGGGUUUCCUUGCCAAUGAAGGUGGUCCAUGCUGCUGCUUACUCACUUCAGGAUGAAGAUCUGAAGUCCGAGGUCUACAAGCUCCGUCGGAAAGUGGCUGAACAGGAGAAGAAGUUGUUCAGCAUGGCCAGGCGCUUGUAUUCCACCAACCAACUCAAAGAGAACAUGGAGAGGGUCAUCAUGGAGCAGUCAUCCAAUAUAAAAAUUGGAGUCCGAGGCAAACACUUCCUCAAAGUUCCAAUUGAUUAA